CCGUCUUUUACGGGACUCUCACGUGGUCUCUUCUCUUAAACACGGAAGGUUAAACAUUUCAGGCGGGGCAGUUUAUCACUGUGUUUCACGGGAAGAUCGUCGCCAAUCUCUGCACUGUUGCAGGUCUUAACUGACAGAAUGCGGAGCCGUGCUUCUCUCUUCGUGUCCCUCUGCGCCAUUGCAGUUUGCGUCCGCCUAGGAGCAAGUGACUUAACAGUAACACGCACAUAUGUAACGGUCAUGGGCUUUUCGUGGGCAAACUGCGGCGCCCCAGAUGCCCCCGCGAUGAUGAAGAGCCUCGAAGUGUCCCCGGACCCCAUCACGAUUCCCGGGGACUUGUCCGCCAGCGCUUCGGGUUACACUAAGGUGGAGUUAAGCAGUCCUCUUCAGGUGAACCUGACCGUGGAGAAGGAAGUGGCCGGUUUCUGGGUGAAGGUCCCCUGCGUGGACGAUCUGGGCAGCUGUGACUACGACGACGUUUGCGCACUGCUGGACCAGCUCAUCCCCCCGGGACAGGACUGUCCGGAACCCCUGCACACAUACGCACUGCCCUGUCACUGUCCCUUCAAAGCUGGGCAAUACACUCUGCCCAAGUCUGACUUCUACCUGCCCAACGUGGACCUUCCUUUCUGGCUGACCAACGGCAACUAUCAGGUGGAGGCUAAGAUCGGCUCACAGGGAAAAGAGUUCGGCUGCCUCAAAGUGGAGUUUGCCCUCCACUCCGCCUAGGCAGCGGGGAAUCGCGCUAGUGCUGGUCUGCGUGCGUGCGUGCGUGUGUGCGUGCGUGCAUGCGAUCUGUGAAAGGUGAUCAGUGCGUUUUAUCUUUCUUUUACUUACAGUGCUUGUGACUUGGACAGCUCCAGUGGGAUUAGAGGUGCGCUGGGUGCACACUCUGGUGCAAAGGGCAAUGUUAAUUCUGAGCAAUUCCCAGACACAGUUGUAGGCUCGGCACCACUGAAAUAAUCACAAGCAAAGUAUUAAAAAAAAAAAAUCUUAGUGUUCAGUGGGCUGGGUUAUGAACCUUCAGACCACCGUAUGUUAGACUUUGUCAGAAAUAUUACAGGAGUAACGUUUAUGCAUCAUUUAAAAUGAAGUCUAAAUUUUUUCCUGGAUCUUUCUGUAAUGAUGAUUCACAUCUGUGAUUCUCAGCUGUCAGGUCAUAUGCACUUUCGUUUUAAACUAGAUAAAUCUGCGUCUCUCAUUGGUGCAUUUGGCGAUGAGGUCAUCACUGCACUGACUUGCAUUGCAUCUGCUUAAUACUGUACAUGGCGUUUUAAAUCUCUAAGAAGGGUACCUGUAGCUUCACUGACAUUGCAGUGCAUUGUGUAAUUGUGAUAAGUGAACUGAAAACUAAUGUGCCAGGAGUUUGUGUGGGCCUACAUUACAUUAAUUAUACUGUAAAACCUGAUUUCUUCAGCUGUCCUAUGGGUGACAUGAUAAAUCAAGAAAAUGCAAAGCCUGAAUUUACUAAUGCAGUGAUGGGAGAAAAUUAUUUUUUAACCCUUUUUAUGUUUUACAUUUUUUAGAUUUACUGAUUAAUAAAUAAUACUUGAUACUGCUGGAAAUUUAGUAUUUCUUUUUUGUUUGUGAAAAGGUGUUGAAACUAUUAAAAUGGGGGUUGUCCAUUUUGAAGAGAGGAGGCUAUAUUUUUCUGUUUAAUUGAGGUCAGAAGGCAGUAAAUCUGUGAAAAUCUCAAAACCUUCCAGUUCUUUUAUGGGAUGUCAUUGCUGAAUGCUGGCCCUCAGCAUCUGACCUUCCAGUGUGGCGUCUUACCUCCUUAUUAACGCAUUAAUGGCCAAUUUCACUGUGAUGUUGCCACUUUGUUUAUGUAGUUGGAUCAAGUGUUUAUACAAUAAAUGUUUUCUAGUUUUGUCUAA